CCUGGAUCUUCAUAAGGUUAGCUUGAACUCUCGUACGGUAUAGGAAUCAUGGAAGAAGAAGCCGAGCUCGCUUUGCUAGAGCAACGUCUCCAGCAGACCAAUCAGCUGGCAAGUCGGAUGACAGGUCUGCUUUCACAGCUGGAUACCCGGCUUUCGAGGCUUGACAAGACGGUAGCUCCGUUCGGUAUUCAAAAUCUCACACGAGAAGCCUCCAAUAUCGACAUCGCCCUGGCCAUCUUGAGCGGUGAAAAUGUCCGGACCGAGAUCAUCAAGAGCGAAUUUGCCGUGGGGAAGCACGAGGAAAAGAUCAUCUCACAAGUACCGGCUUACUCCCAGUUCGACGAAUACACCGGGGCUGUCAAUCGGAUACUCAAGGAGAUCGACAGAUUGAGCAAGAAUGACUUGAGAAGCUCGGAAGCGCACAUCCGGGACUUUAGCAAACUCGUCGACCUGGCGACGAGGAACUUGGUCAGUCUGAUGCUCAAGAUCUGUAGGGAAGCGACAGAACAGAGCCCAGAUAUGGAAGGUAUCGUUCGGAGUGGACCAUCGACGCCGGCCAACGCCAUUCCCACCCUUCCUCUCAUAACAAGAGUCUACACCUACCUCUCUUCACUGCCGAAAUCCUCUUCUCAUUCUUGUUCGCCUUCAACCCAUUCGGCGAUGACAUCGGCAAAAGAAGGGUACUUGACCAGCCGAAGGGAUUAUAUCGUGACAAGAUGCAUCAACCCGGUCGUCCGCGAGUUCGAUCAGUUGACCGAAGGUCCUAUGUCACCGGGACGAGAGGAGGAAGGGCGAAGAGAAAAGUGCAGGAUCAUUGCCAGAGUUGCUGAAGGUCUGAGGAUCUUGAUGCAGACGGAGUACGAUUUGAUCAACCACCUCUUUCCUCCCGCUACCACGUCAGCUCUCCUGACAAUCUUCAAAUCCCCCAUCAAGACGCUCAACGACUUGUUGACGACCCAGACAAAUACCAUUAAACGAUCAUUGAACGCCAAUACCUUCUACGCUCUUGAACUGUAUCAGACGCUAAAUGGGCUCCAAGUGCAGUGGGAAGAGUCGGUAAGGCAGUUGCUCGGCGAUCAGGAUAUGGAAAAGACGGUGGCGGAAGCGGCAGCGGCGAUGAGAGGAGCUUGUUUGAGGAGUUUCCCUGAGAUUCUGGUCGACGUCAGGACGCCGGCGGCUGCAGGGACGAGGGACGUGGGGACGUCGUCGGUCGCUGAUAUCACUUAUACCACGGUCACCUAUCUGGAAAACCUGUCGUCUUACGAAGCUACGGUGACCGACCUGCUCACUUCCCUUGGAGAUCGCAACUGGCUCAUGGGCGCGCAGACCGGUCAACAACCUCGCUCAGGGGGCGAAGAUGGGAUCCUCCAACACUUUAUCGCGGAUCUCUUGUCGGCGCUCAUAUCUUCGCUCGAUAACCGAUCGAGAUCAAUGCGCAAACCCGUCUCCUCGAUCUACAUGCUCAAUAACCUCAGCUAUAUGCGGAACAACUUGAUCUUGUCCAACCAGUCGGCAGCCAACGACAUUAUGGGCUCGACUGCUGAGGAUAUACUCAAUUCGGCUUACCGGGACGCCAAGGCGAGGUACCUGGAUGCGUGGCGAGAACUCGUGGGCCUUCUGGCGGAACCCACUUCGAGCGGAAGGUUUGGAGUUGUUGGAGUUGGGGGCGAUAAGCAAGCGGUAAAGGACAGCUUGGCAAACUUUUUUAACCGACUCGACGAGCUUGAAGUGCUUUCGAGGCAGCACACGCUGUCACGGCAGGACCCCAACUUACGGGAACGGUUGCAUGCCGACGUGCGGAAUCUGGUGGUGCCAGCUUUCCAGAGCUACAUGGCGAAAAAGCAUGCCGAGAAGUAUUCGAAAUCGUCACCGGCCGACGUCGAGAAUCGCCUUGCUGCGUUGAUUCGAUAGUCGGCGACACAAAACCCAGGUUGUAUCCACGGAGCCACGUGU